UUAGUUUCUACUUCUUUUACUGUAACUUUAAAUAGCUUGUGCCUAUUUUGGCAGCACCUUUAUAUCUUUAAUAAUUUAAUAUAUGGUGUCUUGCAUCUGAAUCUCUACACCACUUUAUCAGAUUCUUUGAAAUCUGGAAACAGUGAAGAUGCUUUUCCAGUUCUCCUCCAGGAUUUAGGUGACUUCAUUUACUCUUCUUUUUUUUUUUUCCCUUCAGACUUCCUCUGACCUGUUGUUAAGGUGCUGGUUUUUAAAUUAACGAAACUGCUGACUGAAAAAAUAUACUUAUGACUGUUCUGAGGACUAAGAAUUGGAUGGUUUCCUAUGAAAUAAAUUUUAUCUUAAACAGAAAUACUGUGCCUGAACUCAAAAGUCAAUCUAGUAUUAAGGCAUACACAAGGAAGAGUUGCUGAAAAUAGUUUGAUUUUUGUCAUUCCACAGUGGUUACCAAGUAGAUUUUUUGAUAAUGAUUGUUUGAUAAUGUGUAUGGUCUCUCAGCAUUAUGCUAAAUUUUAGGCAAGCUGAACACUGUAAUGGGAAAACAAAGCUUCAAGAGUAAAUGGGAGCAGGUCUCUUAAAGGAAUUAUGAAAGUAGAAGGGCCAACAUAUCACAAAGUCACCUAAGGCAAGAGGCUGUCUUUCCUAAACACUUAAAAACUCCUUGUAAAUGCUAGCAUUCAUUAUAAGGAAUGGACUGCUACCAGAAUAAAAAUGCCUAGGGAAAAACUUCACUUUAAAUCUCUCAUUUUUCCCUUAAAACAUUUUUAAUAAGGGCCACACAUGCACGGGUUGCAAGAGUCUGUAGCUCUCAAUAUCCUGAGGACCAUUUCUGCUUUAGAAUGAGAUUUUUAAUUCAAAUUUAAAACUUUUGGAAUGCAGUUGGAUUUAUUUGUUCUGUUUUGGUGCCUCAGAUAUUUUGAAAAAUUACACACACACACACACACACACACACAAAAAUAGGUCUAAAAUGGAAACAGAACUUCAAAAGUACUUAUAAAACUGUACUGUCCAAAUUAUGCUUCAGAGUGUUUAAAAUAACCUUUCAUUCUGCUUUUUGGAAAGUUGACCAGGUUCCAAGAAGUCCUAGGAGCCAGGAGUCCUAAGAGGCCUCUCAGAAAAUUCUAAGAGCUGGUUUAGAGUUGAUAAACCCUCUUUCCCUGGCUGCAGGUCACACAGCAGAUUUUCAGAUAGCUGGGCAGAUGACAUGGAAGACACUUCAGAGGGUUUGAAAAUGGCAUAAUUUCUAUCAUAUUUGUGUACAAAUUGGCAGAUGUCUAUUAAUAGCUUUCAUUUUAAAAUACAAGCAUUUUCUAGAAGAAAAAUGCUCCUUAGAAGAAUCUACACUAUGUUCAGGAUUCCCUUUUUCUAAUCAAUGCCAGUACAAUCCAGUUAAUAGGACUGAAACUGAAAUGGAGUCAUGAUGGGAUUAUUGACAUUCUGUUUUGAAAACACUCACAGAAUGUCUAAAUCCUGACUGGUGAAAUGCUGACACAAACGGUAAGCUUUUCCAGGAAAAUAUGAGGUGCCAGUGCUGUCACUGUAAAGCUGUGGCUCCUGUGGUGGGUCUGUAUUGCUCUUUCUCUCUUCUCAGAGGUGCACACAGCUUUUUGCCACUAGCAUGCUCAGAUACUUUAGUCCUUAUGUGAUGUGGUGAUAUGGUGCUCAAAUUAAGAAAAAAAAACAACUAAAUUAGAUGAUUUAUGUGAAUUUUGAAGCAUCUGAAGCACAAUAAUUCCCUCAAAACUUGAUGUUGCUGUCAUUGAUUUUAGUAAUAUGUGUUCCAGUAUUGUAUUUCAUCUCUGAACUCUGGAGCAUCUUACAGGGCAAAAUAAAUGCCAUCAUUUUAAUCUCACUUAAGUGAGAGGGAAACUGAGGCAAGAGUGGGGAACUGACUCAUGCUUCACUUCACACAAGAUUAGCAGAACACAAGGCUAAACCUUCAGUCGGCUUCCCUCCAUCCUCUACCACAAUAACAGGAACUACCUCAGCACUCAGAUCCUCCCCCUCAUGUGAAUAAUAAGUAAUACUAUUGAAAAUUCUCACACAUCUUAGAUGAAAAUAAUGUAUUUAUUCAUAUUUUUAAACAGCUCCGUGAAUGUGUGGGCCUUCUCACUGUGUGCAUUUUUCAUUAAUAUCCUACUACAGGAUCUUGUUGGCAGGCAUGUCGCUGUAGCAGACAGUUGGAUGUUUAAUUUUGAGGAAUUGCUAAGUAAAUAUUUGCUGUGCAGCAAGUAGUUUGACUUUAUGUGUACAUUUGUCCAGUUAAGGAAUACCCUGUCCCUUUGCCCUUCACUCCACCAGACCGCCUGCACACACAAAAAUAUUGAAGUAACAGGUAGUAUAAAUGGGCAGUAGUCACAGUAAAACUGGACUCAAGGAAGUAACUGUAGGCAAUUUAGUGAAGUUUAUUAAAUAGUUUGUGUUAUGGGUAUUCAUAUUCAUUUUGAGCAGGCAACAAGGGAAAAAUGCUUUCCUGAUGUCCGAUCGGGAAAACGUUUUCUGUAGAUGUGUCUUUUUGUCAAGUAAAUAAUUUGAUGUUGCUGCAUGUUUGAGAUUUGCUCAGUCAGCCCGAGCGGUACAACCAGUCCACACUAAUUCCACUGUGGGCUGUGUGCAGCUUUUCUUCCUGGCCUUCAACCUUGGCCCUGUGAUGUGAAGCUGCAGUCCGUGGGUAAGGCUGGGGCACCGUGGGCAGGAUCCUCCCUCCCUGCUGGGUGCUGAAGGGUCUCUGUGGGCAGGGAAGGGCCGGGGGCAGCUGGUCCUGCCCAGCCCGGGAGACUGCCCAGCCCUGCUUGGGCACUGGUGAGGAGGGAAGGGAAGGGCUGGGGGCAGCUGGUCCUGCCCAGCCUGGGGAAUGCCACCAGCCCCAGGUCCCUGUGCUUCAGGUGGGAGCAGCUUCCACUCUGCACCUCCCCAGUCCCACAGGCAAGCUCUGUCUACACCAUUACUCUUUUUCCUAUUAGUAUCAGUAAGUCCCAAUGGAGAAGCAAUUAGAGAACCACAAUAAAUUAAAUUAUUUGCCCUCUUAGCAAAAGUGCUAUAAACCUGUUGUUUUCUCUGGAUUGUGUAGGGCUGCUUUUGUCAAGUCAUAGCGCAUUGUUGCUUAACCCAGUGCCUUUAGCUGUCGGUUUCAUUAUCAUAAGCUUAUACAUAUGCUUCUAUCUUUGUCUUUUUGUGUGUAAUGAGUAAUUAGUGUCAUUUAAUAUGUCAUCAUUGUUGCUUUUUCCAGCACAGAAUAAUAACAAAAAUCCAGCAUAAAUAUAAAUUUAAUCGCACUGUAACCUCUCUUACAUGUCUGUACAUCUCCACAUAAGUCCUCAAUAGUGAUCUGGGGUUUGAUAAAUGACACUUUUAAAAAACUCUCUGCAUACUUUUUGAUAGCAAUUUUAAGACCAAAGUGGUAUCAUCAGAGGUUCAGCAUAUGCAGAUACUUGGGAUAUCAUAGAGUAAAACAUGUCUUUUUCAGAAGCAUGAAAUAAAGCCAAUUAUAACAGCUUUAGUGAAUUAGACAGUGGAAACAAUCUCAGGAUGAGUGCUUGAUGUUUAGCUCAGUUAAUACCAAUUAAAGCCUUCAUAAUAAUUUAAAAUUCUAAUGUAGAAAUGUUCUGUUGCUAUUUGCUCUUUUUUUUUCUGCGUACUUUUAAUGAGCAGCAUCACCUAGAUCGAAUACUUAUUUUAAAAAGGACAUUUUUGCAUUUUUACUGUUAAAAUCUGAAAACCUUCCUAAAAUAUAUAUGGUAAAAGGAAAAUAGUGUACAGAAGUCUUUAUCUCUUUAUUUAAGCAUUCAAAUGACAUCACAGACUACUCAUGCCUUCCUUCCAUACCUAUUCUGUGGUCACUAGAUGCUUCUCAUACUCAUUUUAGUUUGCUGAUCUCUGUUAUGCCUUUUAUCUCUCACAUGUGUAUUUCUCCCAGCACAUGGAUGUAUAUUAAAUGUCAUGUUUCUUUAUAUUGUUGUGAAGAUCAUUGUUUUACUUCUGAAAUAGGUAGUGCACAUGUGCUAUGAGCAAACUGUGGUAAUCUAUGUAAAUUAUGUGCACAGAGCCAUACUCUGCCCUUGGGGGAAAUGCAAAUUAGAACAUUUUGUAGUUUGUUUGUUUUUAAAUACAUACACUUUUCACAUCAAGGCUCAGGACAGACUCCCUGUUUAUUUUCCCGUUGCUCAUCAUUUGUUAUUCCUUGUAAAUAUCUCAGUCUUUAAUGAUUAGUUUGCUACUUUGGCAGGAAAAAAAUGCUUGAUGAGUGAAGUCCUCAAAAUACAAUGCUUGGUGUAUUUUAUAGCUCUGCUGUAAGGGACUUAUCUGCUUGUAAAAGGGUAUGUAACACACGACUCAAAGCCAUUAUAGUGAUCUGACAGUCUUCAUUCAUUUUCUCCCAGUGUUGUCUUAUUUUCUUCUUUUACAUUAGUAUUUGUAAUAUUUUUUAAUCCUGAAUGACUAAAACAUAGUUAACUGAUUUUCCUUAUAUGAAGCAAGAAAAACAUAUUCCUAAGCUGUGUUGUUUACUGCACUUGCAGUUCUCUGCAGAUGUAAUUUGUUUUAAUAAUAAAAUUAUUUUUAUACCCUUUAAGUACCCUUUCGGAGAAAUGUUUUAAUGUAAGUUGUCUGAUUCUGUUUUAAGCGAAGGAGAAAACCUGGUAGAGGUUGUCUCUUUAAAUCAGAUCUGCAGUGUUGAUGGACCCUCUAGCAGGCACGAAUGCUGUAGCAGUAGCUUCAGUUCAUUUGCCACAGUCUGUCUUCUCUCAGUCUUCAGCCUGGCAAUCUGUUGAUAACUCCACUUGCAAGCUACAGUUUAUUGUCUUUCGGAAUGGAAAACUCUUUCCUAGCACGGGAAACUCAUCAAAUCUCGCAGAUGAUGGGAAACGUAGGACGGUUGCCACACCAGCUGUUUUUGCUAAAAUAGAUGGGUGCAGUUUUGGAAACCUCACCAGCCCUCUUACUAUAGGAUUGAGGCACUUUGCACGGGGUAUAGACCCCAUUGCAGCCUUCUGGGAUUUUGACCUUCUAGAUGGACAUGGAGGCUGGUGGGGAGAAGGGUGCCACAUAAUUAGUUCUGCAGGCAAUAUUACCACCAUUCAGAGUACACACUUCAGUAACUUUGCAGUGCUAAUGGAUUUUAAGACAGUGCUGUCUUUCCCCCAGUACCCAGGGGAGUUUCUGCACCCUGUGGUUUAUGCAUGUACUGCAGUUAUGUUGUUGUGCCUGUUUGCUUCCAUUAUCACCUACAUUGUCCAUCACAGCACAAUCCGAAUAAGCAGAAAAGGAUGGCACAUGCUUCUCAACUUUUGUUUCCAUACUGCUCUUACAUUUGCUGUUUUUGCUGGUGGAAUCAAUCGCAUUAAAUAUCCAAUUAUAUGUCAAGCUGUUGGCAUUGUACUGCAUUAUUCUACACUCUCUACUAUGCUAUGGAUUGGAGUAACUGCCAGGAAUAUUUAUAAGCAAGUCACAAAAAAACCUCAGCCUUGCCAAAACAGCGACCAACCUUCUUAUCCAAAGCAACCUCUACUCAGAUUUUACCUAAUUAGUGGUGGAGUUCCAUUCAUUAUAUGUGGGAUUACAGCAGCAACCAAUAUCAAUAAUUAUGGGAUUGAAGGCAAUGCACCAUAUUGCUGGAUGGCCUGGGAGCCCAGCCUUGGUGCUUUUUACGGGCCGGUGGCAUUCAUUGUGCUGGUGACCUGUGUUUACUUUCUCUGCACGUACGUGCAGCUGAAGCGCCAUCCCGAACGCAAGUAUGAGCUGAAGGAAAAGACAGAAGAUCCGCAGAGAAUGCCAAGCGCUGACAUGGGCCAUGGUCACAUUACAGACCCUGUCUCCGUUCCCCAGGCAACCUGCCCCAUGAUUUCUUCUUCCUUAUUGGAAAAUGAGCAUUCGUUUAAGGCUCAGCUUCGAGCCGCAGCAUUCACUUUGUUCCUGUUUACUGCCACUUGGACUUUUGGAGCACUUGCAGUGUCUCAAGGGCAUUUCUUGGAUAUGAUAUUUAGCUGUCUUUAUGGAGCCUUCUGUGUGACCUUGGGGCUUUUCAUCCUGAUCCAUCACUGUGCAAAGCGAGAUGACGUGUGGCAUUGCUGGUGGUCCUGUUGCCCAUCCAAAAGAAACACCUACUCUGUGCAAGUUAAUGUGCGCCCAAAUGUCAACGUCAAUGGUGACACCCAAGUUCACGCACCUUGUCUGCAGGAAUCUCCGUGUCCCAACAAGUCAGCUGUGUUCAAUCACCCAGCAGCGAGCCACUGCAAACUCACUAACCUGCAAGCAGUUCAGAACCAUGUUAACUGCCUGUCGCCCGUGACACCGUGCUGUGCAAAAAUGCACUGUGAUCAGCUGCUUGAUGAUGAUGCUCACAUUCAUGUCCACAACGAGGGAACCUUCAGACCCAACAUGCACAUUCACAGAUGUCUGAAAAGCAGAACUAAGCCACGUUACUUCAGUCGGCACAGGUCUGCGGGGGAAAGGGAGUACGCCUACCACAUCCCCUCGAGCAUUGACGGCAGCAUUCACAGCUCCCACACAGACAGUCCCCACAGCACACACGAGAGCCAGUCGGGUCACAGACGGGCCUGCUGCUCCAAGAGCGAUCCAUACCCUACCGUCAACCAGCCCGAAAGCAGCGACGCCAGUACUGUAAUAUACAGCUGUGGUAAAAUGCCAGACAGUGACACUGUGCACCACCCAGCUCACUUUGAAAUGCACCCACGGACACAGUCAUUGCCAUUUAAUACAACAAAUCACAAUGGAAUUCUCAAGGGAAACAUGCAUGAAGCCAUGAUAUACAGCUCAGAUAGUACAGGAAAUAUCAAAACUGGCCCUUGGAAAAAUGAAACUACUGUGUAGUUCACGGGCCAUCAUAAUGUGUUUUUUGCCCUAAACCAUCCUCUUUGUUUUUAUUCCAAAAUAAAUAUGGUGAUAUAUUUGCGUAGCUCAUCAGUAAAUUGUACAGCUUUUCAUUUUCUUUGAAAGUGUCAAAGAAAGAGGGAUAGUGACAGUUUAAAAGUGAAAUUAUUUUUAAAAGAAAGUUAUAAAAUUAUUCUGAAAGAUAGUGAGAAAAUUAAGUCUAGAAAAUUGAAUAAGAGAGGCAAUAUCCUUUUGUUAUACAGAAUGACAUUUCUUUAGAAACAUCAUUUUCAUUCAUUGUUUUCACUUUUUUUCUGUAGUAACUUCAGACACUUUUUAUAAACAUAUCAGCAUCUUAAACUUUUACUUAUUUAUUUUUGUAGAAAAAUAUUAUUACUGUGCCAUGGAUUUUAAUCAGAAGUGGCUAUGGUAGAAAUGAUAAACAGGAUUUUAUAAAAUUGCAGCUUUUUAGAUAUACAAAAGUGAUACUGCCUCUAAAAACCUUCUGUAGCAUAUGGCCUGUAAAGUCAUGUAAUGUACAGUCUCUGUUCUGUCCUUUUUCUUGUUGGAGAGAAGUGCUAGGUAAUGUCUCUGUUACAUCUUUGGUGCUGUAUUGGUUGUAUUUUGCAUGACAUAUGUCAGGAUAUACCAUUUGCUGUUUUAUAGUGUUACAUGUGUUUAAAAAAAAGAACAAAAAAAAGUGUGGUACAAGGCUGUGACAAACCCUAUUGAUAUUAAUCUAGAGCAUUAUAAAUCUACAGGAAAAAAAAUCACUCUGCACUAGUUUAAGUGGCACAAUCCUUUGUAUAAGGUUAUAUGAUAGCUUUGAUAAGGGUCCACUCUAAUGUCUUUACAGAGCAUGCACUACUCAUCGUAUGUGGCACUGUGCAGUGUAAUAGCAAUUGUCUCAACAGAUUUUCACUUCUUUGUAAAGUAUGCCUUUUAAACAAACCUGUAAGCUGUUCCAUGGUAACCUUUCCACAUCUGUUAAGGUAGAGCCGUUUUAUCAUUAACUCUUUGAGGACUACAGUUAUUUUCUUAAAGUAGCUUCUUCUAGUUCAGAGAUACUGUGUAUAUGAUAUUGUCUAUUAAGUUACAUGAUCAAUGUAGUCCCGAGUCCUCAAGAAAAAUGAAGUUCAGUAAUUUUCUAAAAACACCUUCUUAGAACCCAUCUAUUAAUUUCACCACUUGCUUUCUGAAAACCCAUUUCCUCCCCUAGCAAAUUUCAGAUUGUCUUAAUCCUUUAAUGCAAAUUUGACCUUCAGAGAAGUUCUUUAUGUUCAUGAUUUCUGCUGAAUUGUAGGGCAUUCCAGGGUCAGUAGCAUUCUCUAUUAACAAGGCUCUUGGCAAGAUUUUUUCAUGUUUCCAUUAACAUCUGGACACAAAGCAUCGACUCACAGUACAGAACUGCAUCAGAAUGAUCCCUAUAUGAAAUAAAACUGCUUUUUACAAAUAGGAAGGGUGCAGAAUAAUAAUAAAUUUCAGAAAAUGAAUGGGAGCAUAGAGCUGUGAGAAGAAUGUCUACAGUGGAAAGUGAACACUGGAUCCAGAAAUGAGAGAAAAAGCACAAUUCUGUACAGCCACACAAGAAAGUUUGCUGUGAUGUCUUCACACAGACUUAUGUAAUUGCUUCAGAGAGAAAAUAGAAAAUUCCAUUGAGAGACCAUCAGUUUGCAAUUCUCUGUGUAUAUGUGGCAGAAAUCUUCACUAUAUUUAAGCUCCAUAUUUCUCUGGUUUUAGCAGUUUAUUAGACUAUACCUUCAUUUUUUUUAAUAUGUAGGAAUAAAUUUCCUAAUAGUGUACAUAAAGAUGACAAUUAUAAUUGUUAGAAUGUUAUAAAAACAUGUAAGUCAGAUGAAUGUGUUCUGCAGUGUUGCAGGUGGGAAUUAGUACUCAAAGGGUUAAUGCUCAGUAUCUGAGUGCAAGAAAUCUUGUUUUUCUGUAUUUUUGUAAAUUUGAAAUAUAUUGUAAACUCCAGCAGUGCAAUGUAUCCAUCUCAGAUUGUGUAUUUUUAAAAGGUGAGCAAGAAGAAUGCACUAGGUGGUUGUCAAGUUUUAAGGCAAUUCAACAAUUUCAUGACUGCUUCUUUAGCUAAUACAAAAAAAAAAACACCAACAAAACACUGAGCUUUAUGAUGUAUAUGCUGUAUAUGCUUGAACUGUCUCUAAACUAAAAUACAGUAUUUUUCUUUGUUUGCAUACUGAAAUAUUUUCUGUUUCAUAAUUUGUUUUCUUUUAAUAUUACUUUUACUCAUUCCACAUAGACAGUGACCCUAAAUAAGCCUAGACAUAAUGUGAAAUCCACUUCUCUGUGUCUCAGCACUCUGUAUAUGUAUAUUCUGUAACAGUAAAAUUGUAGGAAGUCUGUAGACCAUUAUGCAAAAUAUCACACACACACACACACACACACACACACACAGAGUCUAGAUGAAAUACUCACUCUGAAAGAAUCCACUCAGUAAGCUCCUUUAUUCAGCUUGUGUUUUAAUCACCUCUGUUAUUUUGUCUGAGGCCAAUUCCGUCUUCAUAAUGGCUUACAAAAAAUUAAAUAGGUGCUGCUUUCCACAGAAUAUCUUAUGUGAUAAAACUCUCUGGAAUUCAAACGGAAAAUAUUAAAACACUUUUCUUAUUGUGUGAAAAAUUAAUUUAGUGAAUAUUUCUGGGUUAAUUUGGAAGAGAUGUGUUAUGCAAUAAUCUGCAUAUUAUUUUUUCAGAAAAUAUACAGUAUAUCUACAGAGUAGGAGACAUGAUAUUAAAUAAAUAUAAAAAUGUUUUGUAACAUCAAAUUUGACCAAAAUGCUUUUUGUGCUUUUAACUUUUUUUUUUUUUUCCUUAAGAUAAAUGAGAUAAUUUCAAUGCUUUGGAAGUCUGGUUUUGAUUUAUUGUGGGGUUUUGGUCAAUUAUAGUCAGUGAACCAUUACUACUUUACCUGAUUUUCUUCCCUAUAAAAAUAAAGUCAAUGAAAUAAUCAGAGUAUGAGAUAUAUUGUCCUAGUAAAUUCCUCACGGACGCACAUAACAUAUUUUAAAAUCAGUUUUAGUUUUGGUGAUUGAUUGAUGAUAAUAAAAUGGUUGAACAGAUUUCACUGUUCACUUUCUGUCCGAGAUCAAGCAAGAGGAAUUUCUUCCAAAAAAAAAGAUAAUUUUUGGAGAAUGAUGCAGUCAACAGAAAUCUGAAUAGCUGCUACCAGAAUAAAAAUAUGCUCUUGUGUAGUGUUGUUCUCUGCAUAUAGAAAUUCCAGUUUUCAUGACCGAAUUUGAAGUCACAUAGGCUGUUUAUGAGAAAAAUUCCUACCCAGCCUCAUAUAAUGAAUUUGGGUGUCAAAAUAAAGCGUACAGUUUUGCA